AUGGCUACCAUCGCUGUGACCGUGGGAUCGCCUUGCGCCGUGUCGGAUGAGACGCUCGCGCGCGCCGACGCGCUCAAGGUACAAGGCAAUGAGGCGCUGGCACACUUCAAGUUCUUGAUGGCUGUGGAGCUUUACACGAAAGCCAUCGAGUUGGCCCCCUCUGCGAUCUUUUACGCCAAUCGUGCGGCCGCACACGUCAAGAGCGAGAAUUACGGCUCUGCAAUUGAUGACGCAUCGUCUGCUAUUGAUCUUGACUCUAGAUAUGUUAAAGCUUAUUAUCGACGUGGAUCGGCGCAACUAGCGCUAGGACAUCACAAGAAGGCGGUGAAAGAUUUUCGUCUAGUUGUACGUAUGAAACCACAAGAUCGUGAUGCACGUGCGAAGCUCAAGUUGUGCGAAAAGAUUAUCAAGGAGGCAGCAUUUGCGGCUGCGAUUCAAUCCGAACGCAACUUGCCACUCUCAGAGACUAUUGACGUCAAUUCUAUGGUGGUGGAUCCAUCGUACGAUGGCCCGCUUCUCCCCGAAGAUGCGACGCAAACUAAGCCAGAAUUUAUUGUGGCACUGAUGGAUCGCUUUAAGCGUGGCAAAUUGCUGCACCGCAAGUUUGUGAUUCAGAUCUUGCUAAAGCUUAAGGAGAUGCUGUGUGCUCUGCCUUCGCUGCUGCGCAUUUCGCUGCCGUCCGACGACCCGGACGCACAUUUUACCGUGUGCGGCGACACUCAUGGCCAGUUCUACGAUGUGUGCAACAUCUUCUCGCUAAAUGGACUGCCGAACGAAGCUAAUCCGUAUUUAUUCAAUGGCGACUUUGUCGACCGAGGUUCGUUCUCAUUUGAGGUGGUCAUGACGCUUUUUGCCAUGAAAGUCGUGUACCCGCAGCAUGUGCACUUGCUGCGUGGUAACCACGAGUCAAAGAACAUGAACAAGAUUUACGGCUUUGAGGGCGAGGUGAAGCACAAGUACGAUGAGACGGUCAUGCAGCUUUUCACGGAGGUGUUUAACUGGCUGCCUCUUGCAGCCGUGAUCGAGGAUAAGGUGAUGGUCGUGCACGGCGGUCUUUUCAGCGAGGAGAAUGUGACGCUUGCUGAUAUUGAGAAGAUCGACCGUAACCACGAGCCACCUGAGAGCGGGCUAAUGAGUGACUUGAUGUGGAGCGAUCCCCAGCCUUUCCAGGGUCGCGGUCCUAGCAAACGCGGUAUCGGUCUCUCUUUCGGACCCGAUGUUACAAAAGCCUUCUUGGAACACAACAAACUUGACUUGUUGGUACGCUCGCAUGAGGUUAAGGAUGAGGGAUACUUAGUAGAGCACGACGGGAAGUGUAUUACGGUUUUCAGUGCGCCAAACUACUGCGACCAGAUGGGCAACAAGGGAGCGUUCAUUCGCUUUGAAAAGGACAUGCAGCCCCGAUUCACGCAAUUUGUCGCAGUGGAGCACCCACCGAUUCGACCGAUGGCAUAUGCUGGGAACAUGGGCGGUAUGUUCGGCUAG